UUGGGGGCUGCACUGAGCCUCACACAAAUAUGCUCAUGCACAUACGCACACACAUACAGUCAGACAAAGCGGCACGCAGAGUUCAGGCAUCCAGCACCGCAGCAAAGCUCAUGACAGGACAAAAAGAUCAGCUAACAGGACAUAUCCAGAUUGGAUGAGUUUUCGGAUGAAUUUCCCUGUGCACAGGGAUUGCAGCUGUGCCCUCUGACUCUGACUAAAGGAAGCUCUUGGUUUAUCGAGGUUACGCUGAGACAUCACUUGACUGGUUAACCCAGCUGCUGCUUUUUGCCAUGCGGCUGCUCUGCGGUCUGCUGCUACUGCUGUGCCUGGUAGUCUGGGCAGCCGAUGCACGGAAGGGUGGAAGGGGACGUCGAAUGCGGAGUCAAGACCGUUCGAGAACAGUCAAGCGGUUUGCUGCAGACUGCAAGGAAAGUGUAGACAAUGGGGAAAAGUUCUUUGACUGCCAAGAGCGCCAACUGAGAGCAGUACUAUUGGGCUGGCCGGAGGACAUUCACCACCUGCUCCUGGCACGAAACAGGAUUCAGGUGCUGCGAGACAACACCUUCAGUCACUUCCGGAACCUGAGGAGCCUGGAUCUCCAACAGAAUGAAAUAUCCCGCAUAGAGGAGGGAGCGUUCAAUGGCCUGAGCAGACUCACCACUUUACUGCUGCAGCACAACUAUCUGCAGGUGGCGAACGAAGGCAUGUUGAUCCCCAUGCCUCAACUCAAGUACUUGCGACUCCAUGACAAUCCCUGGAGGUGUGACUGCCAGCUGGACAGCCUGGUUAGGCUCAUACAAGUGCCCAGUAACCGUAACAUCGGCAAUUAUGCACGAUGUGCAGAGCCUAGGGAGUUCUCGGGCAGGCAGCUGAAGAAGCUGGAUGCAGAUCUGCUGUGCUCCCCUCAGCAGGAGAAUGUACCUAUCCUGCAUCCAGAUAAUCAGCCCCUACCGGCUUCUCAAAAAAAGUCUGAUGCAACCUCUCUCUGCCACACCUACAUUCACCCGGUGGCCCGUCUAGACUGCAGGAACAGAGACCUUAAAACUGUGCCGGCUGACAUCCCGCUGGAUAUUGUGAGAUUGGAUUUAUCCAGAAACAACAUCAAACAGCUGAGACCGAAGGAGUUUGUAAGCGUAAAAGACCUAAAGCUCUUGAACCUAAGUGGAAACAGUCUGGAAAGCAUCGACACAGCUGCCUUUACGGGUCUGCUGUACUUGGGAGAAUUGGACCUGUCCAACAACAGCCUACAUUUUUUUCAAUAUGGCGUUUUGGAGGACCUGUACUUCCUGAAGAAACUAUCUCUGGGGGACAAUCCCUGGAUUUGUGAUUACAACAUUCAUUACUUGAUCUACUGGCUAAAGCACCACCCCGGUGUAUCCCACACAGGUCUGGUGUGCAGUGACCCAGAAGAGUUUCGUGGUUGGCCAGUGGAAAACUACGUGAAGACCUACAACGCAGACUGUCCUAAAGACAAGCAGAUGGGCCAGUCACCUGACUCUGACCCACCGGGCAUCACAGCUCAGGAGCUCACUGCUGAAAUAGACGAAGAGGAGCUGGGGCCCAGACCUUACAGAGGGUACAAAAAAUAUGAGAUCAUCCGUCUGUCUUAAGGCGGAAACUGUGAUGCUGUUGGGAACUUUUUUUUUUUUACAUGAACAAAUAGUUUUUCCAGCAAAAUUUAGACUGACACAUUUGCAGAUUCAUUCAGUCUAAUCAGAAUUGAAGCAGUUGAUGUUUACGUAUUGUUUCUAGUAAUAUUGUAAAUUGAAUCUCGAUAAAUAAAAUUUACAAUUUUUUUAAUUCA